UGUAAACAAGCACAUUUUACAUGGCUGCCUUUUUGUAGUUUUGUAUAGUCUAAAGCUACUUUUAUUGAUUUUUGGGCUGCAGAACUAUACUAUAAUAGUCUGACAAGUUUUCGAAUGAAUCCCCUCCCCCAGGUUGUUCAAUUACAUCAUGGAUGAAGUAUCUGGCAGAGCACGUCUGUGCUAAAACUGGGUGGAUGCUUGCAAAGUUGUGUGGAGGACGUGUAAGAUACAAAUCGAUCCACAAUCUUGUUUAUAUUCUCCGCUUUUGCCAAAAGAGCUGCUGGACCUUUGCAUUGCAACUGCAAUCUCAUCCCUCUGGCACAGCUGCAUCAUGCAUCAGUUACCGCUGGCUGUUUGCCUGCUGUCUCUGUUCUCUGUGUUGACUGUAGACUCAUCCAAGAAGGGACGCAACUUCACCAUCCAUUUAUCACAGCUUAGCUGCAGUUUGCCUGGCCCUCAGGGUCCUCCAGGGAGUCCAGGUGCAGCAGGUCCCAGUGGUAACGUAGGCAAGAUGGGGAUGCCAGGUGUUGAUGGCCAGGAUGGGAAGGAUAGUGACAAGGGACAGAAGGGAGAGAAAGGGGAACAGGGCCGUCCUGGGAACCCUGGAAAACAUGGACCCCAAGGACGUCCAGGGCUUGUUGGGAAGGCAGGGCCAAGGGGCCUUAAGGGGGUGCGAGGGGCACCUGGUGUGUCUGGAGUCGCUGGGAUAAAAGGAGAGAUGGGAGAUGUGGGGGAAACCGGCGCCCCUGGAGGCUGUGACUGUGGAGCAGAGGCACGAUCUGCUUUCUCAGUAGCAGUAACCAAGAGCUAUCCCAAGGAACGUACGCCCAUUCGCUUUAACCGGAUUUUAAUGAAUGAGGGUGGUCAUUACAAUGCCACUAGUGGCAAGUUUAACUGUGCGAUUCCUGGUGUGUAUUACUUCACAUAUGACAUCACGUUGGCUAAUAAACAUCUGGCAAUUGGACUUGUCCACAAUGGCCAGUACAAGAUCAAAACAUUUGAUGCCAACACAGGAAACUAUGACGUGGCCUCAGGAUCAACAAUACUUAGACUGCAAAGAGGAGAUCAGGUCUGGCUUCAGAUCUUUUAUUCAGAACAAAAUGGACUGUUCUUUGAUCCAUUCUGGACGGACAGCCUUUUCACAGGAUUUCUCAUUUUUGCUGAUCAGGCUGCUCCAAAUGAGGCAAAUAUGAUGACUAAUUCUGGAUCAUCCUGAUUGAACUUCACAUUUGUUAUAUAUUCAUUGUAUCAUAUGG